AUGCGAACAUUGAAAUGGGAUAAGAUGGGAGUGAAAAUCGACCGUCGGCAGUUACACCAUCUUCGCUUUGCUGAUGACAUCGUCCUUAUAAUACCGAACAUUACUCAAGCAGAACGAAUGCCGGGCGACUUUGGUAAAGCCUGUGGAGAGAUUGAUCUUCGACUAAAUCUUACAAAAACGAUGUUCAUGAAGGACGGAUUGGUUUCGUAUGCCUAUUCACGCUCAACACAACGAAUUUCUCCGAAUGCUCCAGUUACGUCUAUCAAAGUCGGGAAAUCACCGUGUUGA